GGGAAAGCGCCGCGGACGAUGCGGCGGAGUUUGGCGCGCGUUUUUCAGUGGUUCUCCGUGUCGUCGUAGCCCAUUUUUAAGCCACUUGUUCAUAUGAUAUCGAGGAUCGUUCACUUUCUCCACCCAGAUGAUUAAGCAUACACUGACUCCCGUUUUAGUAUCUUGCCAGCAUAAGUAUUACUAAUCCUCUGUGACUUAUUAGCCCUGGAGGACUCGUCUUCCGGAACCUCUGCAUAAAUUUCUUUGUCAUUUCUAUUCUUCAUUGCUAAAAGGAGGAUCUUUAUCUUUUUACACUUUUUCGAUCGAUCUUGAGUGCAUCAUCCGUCCGUGCUCUAAAAAUUGGUUACAAUGGGCCCUGGGGAAUACAUCGCCGCGCCAUCUUAUGUUAUCAUAUCUUUCAUAUCUUUUCCUCCCACCCAGCGCUAUUUUGAUUUUGAUGGAUGAUAACUCGCUGCUCACGCCAAAGCGGUUUCAUCACGGCUUAGCUACGUAUUUAACUUCGCUGUUGAUGCAAUUCGUUUAGUAGCUAUUUCAUUGUUAUUACUAUUUGAUUUCUAUUUCGCUCUUGGUGCGACAGUAUUUCGCAUCAGAGCUUCUCCUUUAGUUUUUCAGUUGAUAUUACGAUAGCAUCAGGGGCGCAGUUCGACAUGCUAGACUCGACCUUGAACCUCGACUUCUCUUACUAGCACUCUUCAUAGAUGCUAUCACUGGGGCUUUUUUACCACCACUCGUCAUACAACAUGCUAUGACUGGGCGGGCUUUUCUAUCCUAUCCUAUCCUAUCCUAGACCUCCCUUACCACUCUUCACAGAUGCUAUGACUGGCUUUUCGUUUUUUCGACUCUCCAGCAAUUUGGCGGCAUUUUUUGCAACGUCUUUCUGAUCGCGAUUGUUCUGCGGAAAGUGGAACUGCCAACGCCGGCGCUGAUUUUCAGUCCCGUCGCUCUGGUAACGUUAAGGAUGAGUGAAUGGGUGAAUAUUUUUCUAUCCAAGAGUCAAUAGACACAUCCUUCUUUGCUAUGACUCACUCUACUUCCUUUUCAAAGAAAAGGCCGCAGGACAAGAAGGCUACGAUGUUUAUAAAGGAAUUUAUAAAGGGAAUGAAUGAAUGAAUUCAACAUAGUUUCAAGCUGGGUUAACUACCUACUACCUCUAGCUACUAAUGCCACCACUACUACUCGGACUAUACUACUCUAAGCAACAAGCGUGAUGGAAAACUCGUUUUGCUAAUCCGAGUGGGAAAUCUUCGCUGCAACGUCAUCCAGCGACCCGAAGUGGAACUUCAACUAUUCACCUCCGUACUUACGAAAGAGGGGGAGUCGCGAGUUGCCAGCCAGGAACUAAAGGUUAAGCAGCCAUUUGGAUGUGCAAUAUAAAGUAGUGACGAAGUAUGCUUCUUGAUACUUUUUUGUUGAAUGAAAAGUCGUAGGGACACGAUAAUUUUGUGAUGAUGCUUAACUAAAAAUGAUCUGACGUAGCUACAGAGGCACGCGAGGUUUUAUUUCGUACAGCAACGAGUAUGCACAAGUGAAAAGCGCGAGUGUGGCUUCUAACUAGUCCCGUACUAUGCCUUUGAUGUACUCCCAGUGCGUGGUCGAGCAUGUGAUUGAUGAGGACUCACCGUUACUGCCUUUUCUCGAAGAGCAUGACGAUGAGGCUUUCACGCUGCUGUCGAAGAUUAUGUGGGCUUAUAAUUCACCGAUUGGAAAUAGAAUGGCUUUAUCAAUAGAUGUCUCUUUUAUUCGAUGUGCUGGCUGUUUUUUUGUCUAAGGUCUACCUGAUUAUUUGAGAGAAACUAUCGUCCUCUAAGACACACGAGCUCUGCAUCUGCGUUCUUUUUCGCGGCUUUGAUCUCACGUACUACGAGGACGUAUGGAGCAACUACAAGUACACGCCGGCGGACGUCGUGCUCUCCCGCGAUGGCGCCUGUAUCUGGUCAGAUAUGAUCGAUGCCACAGCGAAUGAGCAGUUGGCAGAUGACGAUGGUGCCGAAACUGAUUACGUCAAAAUGUUGUGAACAUCAAUGGAGGUGAUGUAAUUUAAUAUGUCAGCUAAUCGGUUCCUAUUAAUUGUCAAAUAGAUUUCUUGCGUUGUACCCUUGAUUAGUUGUUUACAACUUCAAAUAAUCAUCUCCGGCGCCUUUGCCGAAAGCACUGAUACAUCGUAGCGAGUCAAGUGGGAAAGAAUCCCUCCUGGAUGAAUAAAGAGCUUUACCUUAUAAAUAAACGACGUCGGCAGAACUGGAGCACAAGCUUUACCCGACGUUUUUGCACCCACACGACGGCGACUUGCUGAUCGAAAACCUACAGCACUAAAUCGCGCAGCAGCCUUGCUUCAAAAAGGAGUCGGAACUCUGUCUUCGCAACGCGAUGGGCGACCUACGAUUGAUUUUAACAAAAUCGGCCGCGUCGUCCAAGCUAAAAAACGCCACCGUUGGGAUCAACGAGGGGAUGAAUACGUAGUUGGAGAUAUCGCUGAUUGCCCAGAUAACUAUUAAGACUAAAUUUAGACCGUUAAAGGUAAAGCACCCCCAGGAGUAUCACCCUUGGCCCUUUUUCUCCUUGAAAAAGAAGCCCCCUCCUCCUAGGUGAGGGGACUCCUAUCCUAUCCUAUCCUAUCCUAUAGUAUUACUCGUCUCAAAGAUAUGAGAGGAAAAUUCGCACUCAGCCCCUGACGGUCUGCCCUGAGGCUAAGGGGAUCUUUCUUUGAAGGUCUCGUAGACUGGAGCUUGCUGUCGGUCCUGCAGACCGUCAGGGGCUGAGUGCGAAUUUUCCUCUCAUAAAAGAGGAAGAUGCGAACGCGGCUGCUCUAAAACCACGGAGGCUUACGCUCAGCAUCUUUCGCGUCACACUUCACGGCGUGCGAAAGGAAACGCGUUCUGCGGGAAGUAGAAAAGAGAAAGAUUGGGCAUCCCCUUC